AGGCGGUCACACUUCCAAGCGACGAGCGAGAUCCGAGUGCUGCAGAUCAGUCGGCAUCGGACGGCGGAGCUAUGGCCAAGGAACGGAUCAGCUCGGAGGAGCUGGCUCAGCGCAAGGAAGAGUAUUAUGAACUGCUGGCCACAAGCGACAGCUCACUCCAAGAUGUGCUGAAUCAGAGGGGCGGACUGGUACUCGCUCGUGUCGGACGCUACCAGCCCUGGCCAGCCAGGUUUAGCGAACCCGGGGAGUUUGCCAAAAUGGCAAGAUAUCGAGCCAAGAAAGGCCAAGCAUGUGUCUACUUUUUUGGUAGCAGGAACUACGGAUGGGUCUCGAAAUCGUCCAUUCAGCCUUUUCCAGAAGACCUGACGACACUUACAGCGUCGAAUAAAUACAACCAGCAGCACAUCCAAGAAGCGCUGGACGAAGCCAAGCUCGUAAUGGACGUGACGGACGAGACGGGCAAGCGCUUCUUCGACCGCAUUAUGGAGCGCAGGGAGGAGGCAGUAGAUCUGCCCUGUGAACGCUGCAACCGCGUGGACGACCACUACUCGCUUCUGAUCUUAUGUGACGGCAAAAACUGCAAGCGGGAGUAUCACAUGAACUGUUUGAGCCCUCCGUUGGUGUCGGUCCCACCCGGAGAAUGGUUUUGCCCAGACUGCCAGAAGGAACGUGAAAAAGAGCGCGAAAAGGAGCUGCAAAAACGUGCAAAGGCGGAAGCGAUGGACAGUCAAGACUCUAGUGUUACAGCUGUGAAUGGACUCGAUGGCACGUUGCCGUUAGCGAAGACUCCGUCCACAAAGAAGACGAAGAAGCACAAACACAACGCCAGAGAUGGGAUCGUGAAGCGUCGACUGUCUUCUGUUUCUCCAGAUAGAUCUGCUGGAGCAGUCAAAAAGCCUCGAGGUCAUCGAUCGUCGUCAAGAGAAGUCUCACCCCCGCCUGGAAAAGAGCCACCCAUGCCCAAAAAGCUGGACGGAAGGAAGAAAAAGCCUUCUCAGCUCUCGAUGCCAAGUAGCAGAGCACAGCUCCUGUCCGAUCCGGAUACCGGUACAGCCGACGACGAGCAGAGAUCGGAGGAGAAGUGUUUGCUGUGUGGCUUUGGAGGGGAGCUGAUUGUGUGUGAAUUCGCUGGGUGCACGAAGGUCUACCACCAGUUCUGUCUGGGUGCCUAUCCGUUCCCAAAGGAUGAAGAUGCCACGUGGUAUUGCCCUCGACACGUAUGUGCGCUGACAGGAGAGAAAGAGACGGGUGAAGAUGGUGAAAAAUCGACGACAACGCUGAAACAAGCGUCUCCGCGGAAGCCCAACGUCAAAAACUUGCUGUGGAAGUGCAAUCAGUGCCCACUUGCCAUCUCAGAUGCAGCGCUGCCGCAGCUACCACAAGGGCAGCUUCUAUCCAAGAAGUCACGGACAUUUCUGUGCUCCAAUUGCUACCUCAACGCGCCGUCUAAAGUCCAACUUUCCAAACGACUGGAAAAGAUCUGGUCGACGCUAGCCACAAACCGACAAGGAAUGCCGUUUUGUGGUCCGCUGUUGUGUGGCGUUGAGCCGAUUGACGGCCUGUCGGAGGGAUGUCGGACACAGUUGGAUCUAUUCAAGGUGCUUGCGCGAAUUCGUCGCUUGGAAUAUGAGGAAUCUGCAGCCUUUUCAAGAGAUAUCGACGAGAUUGUGGCUAAUGCUAUCGAUCUCAUCGCUAACCGCUCGUUCCCACUGAUGGAAGCGGCCAAAACGCUGAAGAUAAUUCGCAACGAGCAGUUUGCGAUCCAUCAGCAGAAGCUGAACUUCUUGAACAGUAAAAUUCGCCGUGUACAGGCUGAUCGCGAGAGUGGGCAGGACAACGAAGACGAACUGGCCACGAAGCGGUGGCCGCUUCGCUGGCGACAGGAGUGUGGUCCUUUCGAAGAUAAAUACUAUCCCCGUUUGGAAUCAAAGUCACUAGAUGAGUGGACAGCGCUGGUGUCUGCGGCACCUUUAUAUGCCAGCGCCGAUGAGUUUGACGGCCGUAGUGUCGGCGGAGCUUAUAUGAGUGACGAGCUGAGCGCAAAUGAAGAUCUACCACAGCGACAAUUCGAGGCGACGCGCAGCAGAAGCCCGUCAUUAGGCUCCGCGAAUGAGUUGUCCGACGCUCCAGCUGCAGCACGGACGGAGUUGGGCCUUACGUUAUCGGAAGGAACGGAUGUGAUCAUGGCUCUGGAUGGUCUGUCUAAGCCAGGCGCUGGCAUCCAGAAACGGAGAUUCGGAGGCGAGCAAACGAAAGAGCUGGACAGUAUGGAUGCUCGAGAGUUCUUCCUUUCUCCAUCUACCAGCGAGAUGCAGCACAUGUUCGACCAGCAGUCCACUCUUCUGCGUAGCGCGCUAGAAGCGCACUCUACCUUGCAGCGAUCGUGGCUCAUCAGUCAACAGGACAUGCUCGGUCUAGGUGGAAGUGGUGGGUUUUCUGUGGGUGAAGGUCGACUUGCCGCUGAACUUCGACUGGCUAACAAGAAUUUGAGACAGCGACUGCGAAACAAGGACAAACUAGUUGAUCAACUAACAUCGGAUCACAUAGCGCUGCGAGCUGAGGUCAUCAAUCUACAGAGAGAACUCUCGCAAAGCAAGGUGAGACGCACUAAUCAUGUCGCUGCUACGCCAGAUCAAAGCACGGGCGAAGAGCAUAUAUUCUAG